CCCGCCCGUCGUGCAGUCGCUCGCACCCCAUCGCUCUUUCAGCAGUCAUUCUUUACACCCUCAGCAAGUCUCUCACAGGCAUACAGCCGACUCAACCGGACAAUCUCAUUUGUUUUUUUAUUUUCUGUUUUCUCAUUAUCCACCACCUUGCUGGCCUGGUGCCGCGCAUCCCUCGUCUUAGGUCUUUAAGCACCGCUUCUUUGCAUCCUCUGCAUUUCGCUCGAUUGGAACGUUUGUUAGAGGAGGAUGUGCUGCACUGGUCCUACAUGGAAGCGUGAGGAGGUGCCGGAACACAAAUUCGACUUUGUCGAUACCCGCGACUACCGUGACAACUCCUUCUGGACAUCACUACGGUACAUCUGGCUAUACAUUGUCGUGAUCAAGUCUUUCCUCGUCUAUGUCUCCGAUAUCUUCACUGCCACCACCAUGCUGUCAACCAACCGAUGGACGAACAGUAUCUACACGAAGUGUAACUCUUCAAACGACUGCUCGAUCAUCGUCAAUUUCGACAUUGGCAAGUGGGUAUUCGUCGGCUGCAUUAUCUUUGGGUUCCUCCUCGCCAUAUACGAGGCCCGCAAAGCACGCAAGAUCAUCCUCUCUCGCGAUAUCUCCUAUGCCUUCACCAACCUGAUGGCCAACAACUACUACUCAUUGAGGUCAUUCGACCACUUUUGCUUCUUCUGCCAGAUCGCGAACAGCACGAAGCGCAUGGAUGAGUUCGCCUUCUUCAUCUUCUUCACUUUCAAGGGCUGGAAACGGCUCCUGCUCGCCGACGGGCCGAGACAGUGCAUCAAUGCGAUUGUGCUGUUUUCAUUUGCCCAGGUGAACAACUUUUCCACCGACUGGUCGCUGUACUAUGAUGGGUCGAUCUUGACAGCUGGACUGCUCAUCUCCAUGUUGUUCACGGUUUUGGUCUUCGCUGGCAGUUUGAUUAUGCUCGUCGCUGCAGCUGUGCUGUACAUCCCUCUCCUCUGCCACAUUCGAGGGAACCUGAAGGAAUACUGCUGCCACAAAGUCGACAAGCGUAUUUCCGAGCUCAUCAAGCGCAAGGUCCGCCAGCGUGUCGUCAAGCAAGCCGCUCUUGCACGGAAGGAAGCCGCAGGCGACUUCUCUCACUACAAGAACAAGGGUAACGGUCCGCUGCCGCAGCCGACGCUGCCCAAGCUCUCAGUGGAAGACGACUACGAGUCCGGCUACCAGGUCGAACAGGAUCAGUGGAGCGAUUUCAAGUCCCCUCUGCCUGACUACCCACCUCCGCCGAUCGAUCAUCCUUCCAAUCCUACCUAUCCCCCCUACCCUCAACAACAUGGAGCCUACGCACCCAACACAGGGUACGCGGAGCGACAGUAUGUUCCGUAUUCGAGCACCUCGCUGGACGAGAAUACGUAUGACGCUGUUUCCGAGUACGGAAGCAGCCAUCAUCUUGUCAUGCAUGGUGGUAGCGCAUACGGAGACUCCAAAGUCUCCCUGCAAUCACCUGAGCAGCAACGGGUAGCAUACGCACCGAACGCAUACGUUGAGGCAGACCGACGGCCUCAGCGACGUCAGAGCAUUGGGGUAGCGUACGAGGAACAGGACUAUGUCGCAUAUUACCAACAGGAAGAGGUUUACGAUGGCAGUCAGCAUGGGAGGCAGCGAAGUCAGGUGGGGCCACAUGGUGGGUACGCUGCGUAGGCGAACCGCGCCAUUCUGGCAUUGUAAACAGCAGCAGCCGGACAUUUACACGUCCUCCCCGGCUUGUCCGGGUACAGACGCACGAUUCGAUGAAAUAUCUCCACUCUGUAGCUCCGUAGCCGUUUCUCCCCUUUUUUCCUUACUCCUCUGUUUCCUUCUGCUCUCAUUUGCACAUCUACAGCGACACCCGCCUCGCCUGUCUUUUACUGAUAACGGCGUAAUCGAAUCCAGAAGUUCGACCGU